AUGUUAGGCACCGCACUACCUGGGCGGACUCUGGGCGACCAACAUGCUACUACAAUAUCGUCCUCCCCUUCCGCAUCGCAUAUUGCCGUCCUUGCUGUAGCAGGAGUUCUCCUCUAUCUAUUGUACAACUGGGCUCUGCCCAAGCCGAUCCCCGGAAUCCCCUACAAUGCGGAAGCGACGAAGCGCAUACUGGGAGACAUCCCCUCCGUCCUCGAGGGAAUCAAACGCACCGGCGAGUUCAACGCCUGGGUCAACGAGCAGGCGGACAAGUUCAAAUCGCCACUCUUCCAGGUCUUCGUCCGUCCCCUCGGCAAGCCGUUGUUGAUCCUCUCCGACUUCCGGGAAGCCCAGGACAUCCUCAUGCGGCGAAAAGACUUUGACCGAUCGUCUCUCGAUGCCGACCUCCUCGAGGGUGCAGGACGCAACCACCACAUUCACCUCAAGACCGGCGACGAGUGGAAGAGGCACCGCAGGCUCCUCCAGGACCUCAUGUCGCCGCAGUUCCUCGACGAAGUAGCGGCACCGACGGUCUAUGCGGGGGUCUCGAGACUCAUUCAGCUGUGGAACGAUAAGGCGCGCAUCGCAGAGGGUAGGCCUUUCUCUGCGGAGUUGGAUAUCUACUACGGUUCUCUGGACGCCGUCAUGGCGUUUACAUUUGGCGGCAGCUUCCUUAGCAGCGCGCUUCGCCCGACAGCGGACCUCGUCAAGGGGUUAGGUGCGGAGGAUAUCAAGCGCCUACGGGGUUCGAGUCCCAGCAGCGACGAGGCCUUGGUAUUUCCAACGGGAGAUUGCGACGAAAAGAUCCAGGCGACGCUCGGUGUAGCGAACUCGAUCGAAUACCUUCAAGGCUCACCGAUUCCGAGAAUAAAGUGGUGGUUUGUCGAGAGACUCCCGUCGCUACGUCGCGUCUUCCAUGUUAAGAGAACGUAUGUGCGAGAAGAGAUUUAUAAGGCGUUAAAGAGGUUACAGGAAGUUGGCGAUGAGGAGUCCAAGGUCCUCUCUGCUGUUGAGCUUGUUGUGCUUCGAGAGAAGAAGCUGGCAGAGAGCGAGGGCAGGGCUCCGGACUUUUUCUCCGAGAUCAUGGUUGACGAGAUCUUUGGGGUAGUAGUUGCAGGCCACGAUACAACCAGCACCACCAUGUGUUGGGGUAUCAAACUCCUCGCGGAUAACCCCCAAAAGCAGACCGACUUGCGCGAAGCACUACGAGCCACCUUUGCUGAUGCCGUCGCCGAGAAACGCAGUCCGACGGUCAAGGAGAUUGCAGGAACCACGAAAGUCCCAUACCUUGAUGCUGCAGUGGAAGAGAUCCUGCGAUGCGGCGGCGCAACGCCACUAGUCGACCGCGAAGCAACCUGUGACACCGAGCUGCUAGGGCACCACAUUCCCAAGGGAACGGUUGUGAUGUGCUUGAACAAGGGCCACAGCAUGAUGAAACCGGCAUUCAACGUCGAAGAAUCAAAUCGCAGUCAGAGCAGCCAAGGUGCGAAGGCCCGGGCGUGGGAUGACGAUGAUAUUGGGCAGUUCAAGCCGGAGAGAUGGCUCGUCGAGUCAUCUAGCGUACCCGGUGGUUUUGAGUUUGACCAGCAGGCAGGGCCUCAACUAGCCUUUGGGUUGGGAACUCGCGGAUGCUUCGGGAGGAGGCUGGCCUACUUGGAGUUGAGAAUCAUUCUGGCGCAGAUUGUGUGGAACUUUCAGCUUCUUCCGUGCCCGAGAGAGUUGUCUGGCUACGGUGCCAGGGAAGGUUUGACGUACAAGCCGAAAGAUUGUUACGUGCGUCUACUAUCACUUGGACACAAAUAG